AUGUCGCCUAUAAUCUCGGGUGACGGGGCCCUUGCUGCCUUGUAUGCUGGAAAUGGGCUUUGGUUUACCAGGUGGGUUAUUACGAAGUCGAGCGAUAACAAGCGGAAGGCUAAAGUACUCGUGAAAAGUGCUCUGAUCCACUUUGGAUUCCGACAGAAGCUGAUGAUGCGCAAAUUAUCGAAACGAGAAGCAUCAUCUGAUCCUAUGGUCCGCUCUCUACGAGAAGGCGACAAAUGGCAUCAUGACAUCAUGUCGUACCUAGGCGGCAUAAACUCCGCGCCUGCACUGCUUGCCUUUCUACGUCUGUUGGCCAUCUGGAAAUCGCCACGCUUUCUAUCGACUGGCACGAAGGACGGCGAUCUCAAGCUCGACUUCAUUGCGUUGCUCGUCCUUGGCAUGGCGAACUUUUCACAGGCAUUUUUGAACUUCACCACUUCACGCAAGUGUGGCAGGUGGAUUAUGGGAAGAGGCUUCGAUCGUAUCACCGUGCUGGAUGCUUUGUUUACUGUUCUAGACUGGGGUGGUGCAAUCCUGAAGAUCCGGCUCGUACAAACGGUCUAG